AUGUUUUUGUUGAAUUAUUGGGUUGGUUUUUUUAGCUAUCUGUCGAAUUAUUGGGAUUGGUUGUGGAAUUAGCUUAAAUUGUAGAAUUAUUUUAAGUUUCUGUAGAUUGAGUUGAAUUAGAAGAGUUAUUUGUAGAAUUAUCAGGGUUAUUUAUAGAAUUACUAGAAUUAUUUGUAGAAUUACUAGAGUUGUUAGUAUUAAUAUUAGUCAUUCCUGAACAUUUUUCACAUUUUCCUUAACUUGUCCAAUAAUAUGUACUAAGAGAAGAACCAUAACAAUUCUCUAAUGAAGUGGCAGUCCUGGGAUCAAUAUCUAUACAAGUUUUAUCAUCAAUUUAACCACACAAUGUGAGAAUGUAUUCACUUUUAUAUAAAGAUCGACACAACCAAUUUACAGUUGCUCCACAUUUAGUUUCUUCUAUGCAAAUGUUAUUAGUAAAAUCAAAUUUGCAUUCAUAAUUUUAGCCACACUCUUGAAUAUCUACUAAAAUACUGCAAUCAUAUCUUGGGAUUAUAAUGCAUUUGCCAU